AUGGCGAAUUGUUCAACAAACGUCAAGGAAGAGAUUUCUGCUGAUCCUGUGCCUAUCAAAGACGAUGCAGUUGGUAAUCUCUCCGGCUCUUCAAAAGCUUAUCCUACAGAAGUCAAGGAAGGGAAGUCCGACGAUCCUGUGCCUAUCAAAGACGAUGCAGCUGGAAAACCUAAUUCUACAGAAGUCAAGGAAGAGAAGUGA